CAAGUGGAUCCAUUGCCGAAGAACGAAUCUUAUUAUUAUUGCCAAGCCGACUGGUCGCUCGGACAGGAAGCAACAUGUCGCGCUUAUAUUGAUAUUUCGCCCAAAGAUAUUGACGAAAUUUUACAAUUUCGCGAUCGGUUCGAUGGAUAUGUUUUUGUCGAUUCAAAAGGCGCCGAAUAUGUUGCCAUUGUCGAAUAUGCGCCGUUCCAGUGGUUUCUAAAAAACAAAGCGCGAAAUCACGACAACAAGGUGAACACGAUUGAGAAGGAACCGCAUUUUCAAGAAUUUCUGCAGAAGCUUGCCGAGGAACGCGAGGAGGCAAGUCGUUUGGGUGAUGUAAAAAUUGAUUUCAAUUUUGAAAGCAGAAACGAUGAGAAGGUGAAAUCAACGCCUUUGCUCCAAUACUUGGCGAAUAAAAAAGAGAAACGUCGCGAGGAACUCCGAAAGCGAAACGAGGAAAAACGGAAACACCGUGAAGAGCAGAAACUUUUGAAAGCCUCAGAGCAACCAGAAAAUGCAAAAACAAAAGAGCCUGGAACUGCAACUGAAAAUCCCAAGAAAUUCGGUAAUAAUAAUAAUAAUAAUAAUCAGAAAAAGGGAUUCAGCAAGGAAGGUCAAGCUUCAGACGAAACUGCGAAAAAUGCUCGCUCCAAGCGGCGCUCCGAACGCGAUCAACGUCGACGCGAAGAACACGAACAGCGAAAAUUGGUGCGAGAUCGUGAAAAUCGGGAUAAGAAAAAGGACUUUAAUCAGAAGCAAACUAACAAGAACUCCAAUGCUCCCAAAGACAAUCAGAAGGGAAACAAAGAAAUUGUCAUCUUAAAGAAAAAACCAAAUGAAGCGGACUCAACUGCCGAAGCGCCCAGCGAAACAGCAGCAAAAACUGAAGUCAGCAAAGAACCUCCUAAGAGCAGUACGGGUACAAAAGAAGUUGACAAAACUGAAAGCGUCAACGUGUCAACUAAUCAAAAGAAUACCAAGCCAGCAGAAUCAUAUAAGGAACGACAAAAUUCACGUGCGGAUGAACGUCGCAUAAGAAAUAAGGAUCGCCCCUCAAUUGCCAUAUAUCAACCGAAAGUGCGAGUCGGUGUGAGCUCUGAAGAUAAUUCGCCCAGCUGUAAAGAUGUGCCCGCAUUUCCAAGCGACGGCGAUGUUGCGAUGUCCGACGAAACGCUGAAGAAUAAGAGAUUUGGCAGACGCAACAGGCAAAAGCCGCAGGACACCAAAGACAACUUUGAGGCAACGCGGCGUGAGUCCAAAUCCUCUGAAAGUAGCACAAGUGCCCAUUCGAUAGUAAAAUGAUAACAAAUGGAAUUUGUUAUUUUAAGUUAUGCAAAUACUUUUACGCAUUUAUUAAUAAAAAUCACUCUCAAUGUCCAUUUGA